AUGACUGUUUCGCAGAAGACAGAUACUUUGAAAGCACGGUUUAAGAAAUUGUCGCCACAAAUCGUUUCUCUAAGGAUAAGGUGGUGUCCGUAUGCUCCGCUUCCUUUGGGUGGUCCUCGCAAUGACGAUAUCUGGUGGUUCCAUCCCGAUAAAUUCGAAACAGUCAGUCCGUGUAUCAACGUGUGUCAGUCCGAAGGACACCGUGGCGCGUCCUCAAAGAGAGGUCUUACCUCUAUGAUAAAAGCAAGUACAGAGGAGGAAUACUUGCACCUGCGCUCUCGUUUGCCAGCGCCCGUGCCCGCCUUUCCCGUAGUGUUGGAUCGACUCCCGUCCUGCGAAUCAAUCAGCUCUAUGGCGCGAGAUAGAGUCCCCGUGGCCACAGAGGAAAGUUUGGCGCGCGUCAAACUGGCACGCUUGUCAGCUUACUUCUCAGUGUGCCCGCCGGCGGUUCCAGUGCAUCUAGUGCCUGUGUCUGCACUUUCCAAGCAUCCUACACUCCAGCCUCGCUUGUCUACCCCUCCACCUCCGCAACCAGCUGUUGAAUGGAAUAUGCGAUGCAAAAAUGCAGUGCUCAGUGUACUUUGCGGGCUGAUGUCGACGCUCCCGCUGCCACUGUCACCGCCCGCAUCACCCGCUGCACCCACUUCCCCAUUGAUUCCUACGUCCCCUGUGUCGCAAACGUCACGCACUAUGUCACCGGCGUCACCAGCCCUAUCGCCUGCAUCACCAACGUGGCCCAAGACACCCGAAACACCUCCAAUCUCCACACCACGUGGAGCAAAACGCAUACGCCGCUUCAACAGAAACCUGCUACCAUCGGCCUUGGCGAAGGAGCAGAACACAGACAGCACCGACAGCUCAAGCAGCACAGACAGCUCAAAUAACGGUGCACGUCAGCGACAGUAUCAACGCCCGCGGCAUGUGGCUACACAAGCUCGGAUUAAAAAUGAGCCGAUAGACGAAUCUCAGAAAGGUGAGCAAGAGCGUGCGACAGACGAGUGGCUGGGUGGAGUGCGAGCGCUGCGUGACUCGCACGUGCGGCUAGUACUGCGUCAGCUGCGCCACAUCGAGCGCCUAAACCGAGCGCUGGACCGCGCCUGUCCGCGUAGACCACGAAACUCCCGAAGAUCACGCAGCACGCAUCCGCGGCCUCGAUGA